AGCAGCAUGAGACCCACUAGAGACAAGGUCAAGUUGUCUGUUGGAUCAACACGCGGAGAAUUGUCAGCGGCGCUUAGCUAAACUUCGAAAGGUGUAACGUUAUGCCGCCAUGAGAACGAUUUGGUUUGUAACCAAUAAAUACUAGACGAUUGAUUAUUCUAUUACCUUUUUAUUGUGCCAUUUGCUCCAUUGAUUGCAAUCCGUUACAAAACGUCGCAAGUUGAGCAGCGAGUGAUUGCUUUCACUUGGGGGGGACUGGUGAAGAGUUAGGGGGACGAGUGGGGGUGGGAUUGGAUUGUCAGGGGCGGUCCGGAUGAGUUCGGAACAGUGUCUGGCGCUACAGCAGAAGGAGGUCAAGUCGGGAUCGGACGAACGUGAGCAAGGGGAGAUAAUAUCGAAAGAUCAAGGCGGAAUGGUAACCACAAAGGGAGCAGGCCUGAACCCCAAUGCCAAAGUCUGGCAGGAGAUCUCUGCGCCCCAGAGCCAAGUCCCAGAUGAGGGCAUCGAGGGCCCCUACUUGCUCCAGAUGACCCCUAACACUGCUGAUGUCACUGAGGGUUACUCAGAGGUCCCUCCUACUGGGGCUAAGGGGUAUGGCACGGGGUACUCAGACCCCUCCUCGGACAGCAGUGCCCCUGCACCCACAGAGGGUGUAGUGAACGGCAUGGACCCCCCUGAGCUGGGGUACCCCCUCUAUGACCAUGUGACUGGGUCAGCAGUGGAGGAAAAGCAGCCCCUCUCAGAGGUGAGCAUGAGAGAGUCUCUGAAGAAGCAGCUGGAGUUCUGCUUCUCCAGAGAGAAUCUGUCCAAGGACUUGUACCUUAUGUCCCAGAUGGACAGUGACCAGUUUGUCCCCAUCUGGACCAUCGCCAGCAUGGAGGGCGUCAAGGUCCUUACCACUGACAUGGACCUGAUUCUGGAGGUGCUACGAGCCUCGCCCAUGGUACAAGUUGACGAGAGUGGGAAAAAGGUUCGGCCCAACCACAAGCGCUGCAUCAUCAUUCUGAGGGAGGUGCCCGAGACAACACCGGUGGAGGAAGUGGAGACCCUCUUUAAGAAUGAAAACUGCCCCGAAGUGCUUAGUGUUGAAUUUGCGGCCAACAACAACUGGUACAUCACGUUCCGGUCGGACACUGAUGCACAGCAGGCCCACAGAUAUCUAAGGGAAGAAGUGAAAAUAUUUCAGGGAAAACCCAUCAUGGCUCGUAUCAAGGCCAUCAACACAUUCUUUGCAAAGAAUGGCUACCGUAGCGUACUGGACUCCAGUGUGUACAGCCAGCAGGGCCAGUCUCAGUCCCAGUACACCUCUACACACCUCUACAUGCAGCAGGUGUUCAGCCCCCAGCAGCAGUACCCUCUCUACCCCCUGGUGCCCCCCACCUGGAACCCAUCGCCUGCCCCUUACUUCGAGACCCCACUGGCCCCGUUCCCCAACAGUGGCUUUGUGAAUGGCUUCAGCACCCCUGGGAACUACAAGACUGGCACCAGUCCCCUGGGCCUCGGACGAUCGCCCUUCAACAGCAACCGUGUCCCCCUCUAUUCCAGAAAGAAUGUUAUCAAUGCCUUCAGGAACCAUGUGAAGAGCCAGCCCCAGCCAUGUGACGAAACCCUACCUCCAUCUGUGACCCCCGUACCACUCCUGGUGGAUGGCCUGUCUGGCCCCUCCAGCCCUCAGCCACCCCGCAUGACUGGGGCUCCCCUGGUUAGCACCCCUGAACCUGGCGCUGCUCUCACCUCUUACUGCCUCAGGGACACCCUCCCACUGGCUUCAGAGGGGAGUUCUAACGGUGACCUGGGCAUUGCUGGCAGAAGCAGGAGAGGCAGCUACCGAGGGAUGCGCAGAAGGAGAGAGGACGAGCGGCUCAUGAGGCCCAUCCCUCUGAGCGAGGUUAAGGUUCCGCAGCCCAAGUUUGACUUGGCAACCUCCAACUUCCCUCCGUUGCCUGGGUGUGCGGUCAGCAUGCAGGGAGAAGAGCCCGUGCUGGAGACGCGCAUGUCUGACGUGGUGUGGGGUGUUAAGGUGGUGACCAGUGACAAACCUGAGGUGAAUAAGGAGUCUGUGGCCCCUCCUGUUAGUACCCAGGAGGAAACUGUGAGCGCGCCCAGUCCUGUCAUGCCAGCCCUCAAACCCCCCACCCCUCUAGUUGUGGAGCCCCCUGUUCCAAGUGUUGCUCACCCGGUGGAGAAGCCUGAGCCUCAUGUCCUAAGGGAGGCUGCUAGAACCCCCACACCACCCUCUUCUUUGCCAACCCCAUCACAGCCCGCCGCUGCUACCAAACCCACCCCUAUCCUCACCAGCAGUCAGUCCAUCUCCACGACAACACCAGUCCCCGCUGCCCCUUCUACCGCACCGGAGCCAAGGAAGCUGAGCUAUGCUGAGAUGUGCAAGCGGCCAGCCACCCAGCUCCCGGCCCCCAGCACCCCCCCCAACUCUCCCAUCACCUCUGCCAGCCAACCCCUGCAGGAGCUUCGGGUUAACAAGGCAGACGAGCCUGCCGCCUCCAGCAGCAGCAAUGGCGAUAGGCCAGAGAAACUUGAGGGGUCUGGAGAAGGCCUGCCCAUUCGUGACCCCCUGGGCACAUACCGUUCGGGUAACGGCCCUGCCCGAUCCGGAGGGAUGGGCCUAAAGUACCGGGAUCAGCAGCGGGGUGCCUCUAUGAGACGACGGAUCUCCCCCCACGGCUGGGCUAGACGGAGUGGGAAGGAACAGAACAUUCCACCCCGGUCGCCGAAGUAGUUUAAACCACAACCAACAGACUAACAGGAAAACAAACAGAUCUAUAUAUGUAAAGACAGAAAUAUAUGAAUAUAUAUUAUUGGAUGAAAGAACAUGUGCGUUCUUAAUCUAGAAGACCCUCCUGGAGCUCAGUCGGACACACACCGACCUUUGUUUGGGAAAACACUGAAAGCGGUAAUCAUUUUAAGUGGGGGUGAACAUGAGUGUCACAACACAAACUGAUGGACUUGUUUGAAAGAACAGUGUGAUGCUGACAUGCGGCCUCACCUUGGUUAGCUUGAAGAAUGGGCCCUCCGUUAAAUCUAUGAAUUGUAUUUUUAUGUGAAAGUGGGGUUUGAGGGAGGGGGGACAAAUGUAUGGUAAGUAAAGCCUUGUAUCUCAAAUACCAGUAGUUGCAAAAUAAGAAACAACAGGUGAGCUUUUAGCAUAUCUGGUUUAUAUGCAACAAAGCAAAAGAUGUCAUAACGGUGGAUAUCCACAUCUUUGAGUUGAUACUACUUCCUUAUAAAAAAUGAUAUUGAGGGGGGGGGGGGGUUAGUAAGGUAUUGUUCAUUAACUGUGUGGAAAUGUGCUUUUAUGGAGGUUGGAAGCAAAAGAUGGCCACAUGGUUCAGGAGUUGUUCUGGAAGCCUGUCAAGUCAAGCUUAACAUUCAUUUAGGUGAAGAAACCGUCUUAGACGUGUCUGCUUUUAGUCUGGAAAUUUUUUUUUUACUAGUGCGGAAAUGUGAAUUAAAAUCGAUGCAUUUCUUUUCAUGGUUGACGGAACAUUUUGGUCCACCCUUGCAUAAGUACAACAUUGAAAACUUUACAAUAAUAGUGCAUGAAUACUUGAGCAGUGCAAAUUUGGGGAAGUGUUUGUAUAGUCAGACUGUAACUGAAUUGUUAUUUUUAUCUUAAUUUACUCACACUUCCAUACAGAUGGUUAAAUGUUUGGCUGUUUGUCAUGGGUCAAGGCUCAUAGAGGGAGUAGUCUUCCCUUAGUUUAGGCGUUCAGUUAUUGAGACACUCGCAUCCUAGACACUAAUGGUGUAUGGUAACUGGCUGGCGUUUCAUGAAUUCUACAGUUUGGUACAUAACCAUUUAAGAAGAGCAUUUUUUUUUUUUUUUUGUGGCUUGCAUAGAUGCGUACCUAUUGUAUUUAUCUUUACUAUUGUAUUCCCCAACCUACGUGGUCAAAUGCAUUGACAUACUUUUAUUUUAUUUCUUGAAAAUCCAAUAGAAACCUUCCACCCCAGAUAUCUGGUCAGUUGAACAUGCUUUAUUACCAUAUCUGUGCAACAGGCUCCCGGGUAGUCUUUCAUGCAUUUUGGUUGGUUGUAUCAUGUAGAGUAGGCUAGAUGGUAUUUCAGAGUAGUAAUGGCAGAUUUAGUGCAAUGGUAUCCCAAGCAUGAAACUGGUCUCUUGUAUUCGAUGUAUUCCAACUUGCUCAUUUAAAAUGGCAAAAAUAGGCCUGAAUUCUGAAGCAAGUGAACACUCAAUUAUCAUGUUCUCUUAAGGCCGUGUCUAGACUUAAUAGUUCAUUCUGUUUUAGUAUUCUGAUCAUAGUCCUAAUCAUGGAUUUCCCGAAAGCGUCAUGUUAACACCAGACAUGUUAAAUGUCUGUCUGGUGUCAUGCCCUUUUCCCGCGCUAUAUUAAAAUGAUAGUAUGCGUUCUUCGAACGGUGGAGUAGGUUAAGUAUGACAACACAACUGAUGGCUGUAGCUACCAAGCAACGCUAAGGGGAUUGCAAACGGGUUAACAACACUAGCCAAACAUUGUUUCCCUAAAUAUUAGCUAGCUGGCUAGCAUUUGAGUACAGAAAACACGUUCCUAGCGUAUGAGGAACAUAUUUUCUCAAGUUAAAAUGAAAUGGUGCCUCGGUCCCAAAACAAGUUUUCUGGAGACUUUUGGGUGGAGUGCUAAUGACGUCGAUCACUGUAUGCGCUUUCGGUAGGCUGAUUGCGUCAGGAUUAGAUUGUUAUUUUUCCUCGUACAUUUCAAUUUGAUUUUCUCUUAGAUUUGAAUAUUUUAAUACAUAUCCAAUUAUGUUUGAUUUCUGUACAUGUCCAUUGAUCGCUAAAAGGAAACUUUAGAGCGUUUUGUCGUUCACAUGUGGGUCGCGACAUGUCACUUAUUUGUAUUUUAUUUUGUAAAACAUUUUAGGAACUCAGGUGGUCUCAAUUUACUGUUUAGAGUUAGAAUAGUAGAUUACAGAAGGUACAAUUUAGACAUUUGGGUGUGCAUAAGCAGUUUUUCCCUUUUCAGUCACUCUUAGCCAUGUCAGCAAACACUUUUUAGAUUGGUAAAUUAGUUCUCACCUAACCUAAUUAUGCUUAGGGCCCCCAAAAGGGUGCAUCUUUUCAUGAGCGUGGGUACCAGAAAAACACGAUCUAAUUUGGGUCCCGGGCUGAGAAAGUUUAAGAACCCCUUCUUUAGAGUGAUGUCUUGAAAUAAAAUGUUAGAGUUGACUAGAUGUGGGGGGCAUCAAUCUUAAUAUCUGUUCUCUCAAUGCUCUUACACAAAAGGCUGAAUUAUGAGUUUUGUAUGACUGGAUUGAACAUCUGGACCAAAGUCAAGCAAGCAAAAAUACAAUUUUGGGAACUUGCUCAAAUCUGUGUGGGAAGUGGAGAUGAAAUGUUGCUGAAACAGGAUUGGCCAGUCAUGGCUUGAUGAAUGUAGUCCUGUUUGAGACGAGGCCACUUUUCAUAAGUGGUCUGAAUGUUCUUGUACCGAUUUUGCGCCUAGCAGGCUAGUCUUUAGUCUGGGUUGUGUUAGAUGACUGUUUCGAUUUAAUUUUCUCUUUCUGAUCUGCUGUAUUAGUGAGCACAUUUAGAUUAAAUGUUUUGAGAGUUCUGCAGUUUGACAUUUUUAAAUGUAUUGUAACUAAUGUAUCAUUUUUUUGUGUGGCUUUUUUCCCCCCUUAAAUGUUUGAUGUAAUAGUUGAGUAUACAAUAUCUGAUUUGAGACUUGGCUAAAGUGAGAAUUCAGUGCAUUGCCUGGGUGCUAGCAGUGCAGUAACAUGUUAUCUAUGUAAUCACUGGGCCUGUUCUGAUUUUUAUAUUUUUACAUCCAUUUAAUGGCCAAACUACGAGCAGGUAGUGGUGUUGUGGAAUUAAAUGCACUAACUUUUGUUUUUAAAUCUCCCAUGUGUAAAAUAAUUUUAGAUGUCUAAAAAUGUUUUUUUCGCAGGCUUCCUGAAGUUAUUUCAGGAAUAGUUUUUUUCUAUUUUACUGUUGAUUGUUCUAGCAUUUCGCAACUGGGACAUGUGUUUUUAGGGGGUGCAGGUGACAUAGUAACAGAUAAGUGGGGUGUGAGACACUGAAUUACUGAUUUAGUAGAUGUCUGAUCAAAAGUUAAAGAAAAUAAAGUACAUGUUUUGGCCUUUUUGAUAUAGUUGUUCUGGGUCCUGUGCUUGCAAUGAUUUUCGCCUGUCCGUGUAUUUUAAAUGUUUGUGCCGUGCUCAGUAGUUCUGUGGUCUUGUACCGAACGUCUGUGUUAAGAUGUUUCAGGGUGCGUGUUUGACUCUUCACCAGUCCUACUUUGACAGUCCCCUAUCUUCAUGUCCUAAAAAAUAAUUUUCAGGCCUAACUAAAAUUCCAGUGCCUUCUCAGUGUUGAGGUUUUCCUUCUCUGCAAAGUAAAAGUAACAUGAACACUUUAAUUUGGAACAAGGCAGGUUGUUGGUUUAGUGGACAGACAAAAAUACAUGGCUCAUACUCAAAAUGUAUACGUUAUUAAACUUUUGUGUGUAUGCUGUGUCACAAAUGUAAGCGCCUCGCAUGACAAUGCUGAAAUUGUAAUACGCUGCUUCAACAUAACAGCUCUUUUGAAAACCAGUGAAAAGGUGAAGGAUGUUGGCUGGUUUGAGCAGGAAUAUAUACAUACCGGUUUACUGUCGUGAAUGUGUCAUUGCAAACAUGUACGAGAAUAAACAUUUUAAACACUG